AUGAGAGGAGGUUGUGUAUUAAAAACUAAAAUAGGCCCUAUUUAAUUUGGAAUGCCCCCUGAGACAGUUAAAGAUUCAAUAAAUUUAAACUAAGAAGUGCCUACAUAUUAUAUUUAUCCUUCAACAAGAUUUGAUACAAAAAAUGGAGUAAAUUUAGCUGAAUUUGAAUUUCCUGCUUAUUUUAAUUUUUUUGUAAAAAGAAGAAAAGUUAAUCUUAUAUGCACUUUAGAAGCAGAAAAAGUAACACGUACAAUUUUUUAAGAAACAUUAUUAGGACCAUUGUCAUUUGAAAAUAUAGCUGAAGAAUAUUAUUAUACAUAUCCAUAAGAUGGAAUACCUGAUUUUUAUAAAGAGUUAAAAGUUUUCGCUAAGGUAAAUACACUUAAAUAAUAUAUAAUUAUAACAAAUAAACAAAAAAUUAAAAAUAAGAAUCCUAUGAAUCCUUAAGAAGCACUUACUAUUGAUACAUUAAUAGACUUUAUAAUUUUUGAUGAAAAAGGAAUAGCAAAAAUUUAAUAAGGAGAAGACAAAAUUGAAAUUCACAAAUAAAAUGGCUAUUUUAUGAUUUACCAAAAUGGAGUAUAAUUAGAAUAAAUCCUUGACUAAGUUAUUCUCCCAGAAAACUCUAGAAUUAAAUAAAUUAAAGGAACAUAAUCAUUAAUUCCUGAUAUAUAAGACUAAUCUUCUGAUCAUACUAAUAUGCCUUACAGCUAGCAUACAAGCUCAUUUAAUCACGAUAGGAUUUCAUUGGGUAGUCCUUCAAAUAUAAAUAAUAUUACAGUAUGGAAUGAUACACAUUGUUAAUUAUAAGGCAUUUCUGAUAUACAAACUGUAGGGAUGGAUUAAAAUAUAAGUAUUGUCCCACCAGAUUUUGGAAUAACAGUAUUGGGAUCUUCCCAUGGUUUCGAUGCUAAAGGGAACACUACUGGAUUUAUAAUCUGGGUUUAUAGGAAAGGUAUUAUGAUAGACCCUCCACCUUUUUCAUCUUAAUAUUUAAAGAAAAUGGGAAUCCCAAGUGUUUCGAUUUGUACUAUUAUACUUACCCACUGUCAUGCUGAUCAUGAUGCUGGAACUUUUAACAAAAUUUUAGAUUAAAGUAGAAUAGAAUUAAUCACUACUAGAUCUAUAAUGAAUAGCUUUAUGAGAAAAUAUACGGCUUUAAGUGGAAUGGGAAUGGAAGAACUUAAAGAUUUAUUCUUCUUCAGACCUGUGACUUUAGGGACAUUUCUAAAUAUACAUGGUUGUUAAUUUAAGUUCUUUUAUGCUUUCCAUACUAUUCCUUGUAUUAGAUUUGAUUGUUAUUUGAUGGGAAGAUCAAUAUAUUAUUCCGCUGAUACAUUUUAUAAUCCUGAAAAACUCAAAGAAUAUUACGAUUAAGGUAUAUUUGGUAAAACACGGUAUGAAUAAUUAGCGAAUUUAAAAUUUACGAGUGAUAUAAUUCUGCAUGAAGCCGGAGUACCCCCAAUUCAUACUCCUUAGACUAUUUUAGCUGCACUUCCUAGUCAUAUUAAAAAUAAAAUGAUGCUAAUUCAUAUUGCGGAGAAGGAUUUAUUAAAAAAUAAUGGAUUAAAAAUUGCUAAAACGGGGAUUGAAAACACUAUUAUUUUAUAUCCUUCAGAAUCUAAUAAUAAUAUUAAUAUGCUUAGAAGAUUAGAGUUAAUAUCUUCUAUUGAUAUUUUAGAAAAUUUAACUAGUAGAAAUAUUAAAUGGUUACUAGAUUCGUUAUUAGAAGAGAAAUAUAAACCUUAAUAAAUUGUUUUUAAGGAAAAUACUAUUGGAAAUAAAUUUUAUAUUAUUGAAAAUGGAGUUGCUAGAGUUUACUCUAAUAAUAAAAAUAAUUAAUUUGAAAGAUUUUAUUAAACAGGAGAAUAUUUUGGCGAAACUGCUUUAAUUUGUGAUGGUGGGAAACGAAUUGCAAAUGUUUAAGCUGUGACAUAAUUAACAUUACUUACUCUUGAAAAACAUGACUUUAAAUUUAUUUUUGGUGAUUGUCGUGGAGGAGAUGGUCCUGUAAUUAAAAAAUUUAUGAACUUAACACAUGCGAGAUAAUCAAAUGCAUUAUAUACAAUGUAUAGAAAUUCGGUUUUUAAUGAAAUGGCUUAAUCUCAAAAAACUUAACUUGAAAUGAUUAUGAAUGAGGAAAAUGUUAAAAAAGGAUAAAUAAUGUGGAAAGUAGGAGAACAAGCAAAUUUUGCAUUCGUCAUUAAAGAAGGAAAUUUCUAAUUUAUUGAUUGUCCGGAAGAAUAAUUAGAUUAUCUUGAAAAAGGAACUUUUGUAGGUGAAACAAAAGCUAUUACGAAUGGAUUAAGUUUAACCACUUCAAUUUAAUCAAAUAAAAAUGGAAAAAUAUUCAAAAUUUAUAAAGAUGAUUUGAUUCAAUUUUUAAAUAAAAAUCCUGGACUUUAGUUAAUUUUUUAGAGUUAAAAAUAUAUUGAAUGA